CGUGGACCGAACAAAUGGCCAAAUACUAAAAUGGCUCCUGCCACUGAAAUAUUAAAUGCUCUCAGCGAAAAAGUGACUUUCCAAAAGAAAAUGUAGGAUUUUUCGAUCAAUCAAACGUUACAGGUAAAUUAUAGUGUGUUCGUCUUCAUUUUCUGUGUAUUUUCAAAUUCGUGGGUGAAUGUCAAUAGUGAAUAUUGUGGGCGGUUUCGAAACUGCUACUAAUGACAUUUGCAUGACGAUUUGACAGGAGACAGAAAUGCUAUUAGAAGGAUAAUCUUCAAGGAGAUUGCCAGUGUGUCUCAUUAAACCUCUUGUACUACAAAAUAAAUCAGUAAUAAUGAACAUUAUGCGAAAAUUGCGAGGGGGUAGUAGUGUGGGAGGUAUGGGCUCCAGCGGUUCUGGAAGCUUAGACGAAGGUGCUGGAGGUGCAAAUAACCCUCAGCAUACUGCCCUGGGCCUCAUGCACCUUAAAAAACUUUUUUCCGAAUAUACACACCCUGCUCACCCACUUACUGAAGCUGAACGUGAUGAUAAAUUGUAUAACAUGCUGCCUUUAUUCUGCAAGGUGUUUGGAUCUAGUCCUUCCGGAGACAUGAAUGAAAAAUUUUGGGACAUCUUAGCAUUCACCCAGCAGGUAUCCCGACUCAUGGUAUCUGAAAUACGACGAAGAGCCAGCAAUCAAAGCACAGAAACAGCAAGCUGUGCAAUAGUGAAAUUUUUAGAGAUUGAAAACAGUGAAGAAUCAAGUAACGGAUGGAUGUUACUCUCUGCAUUAAAUUUAUUAGCAGCUGGCGAUACUUCUCUAAUACAGGCCAUGACUUCUGCCUCUGUGCCAUCAACCUUGGUAAAAUGUCUUUACCUUUUCUUUGAUUUACCGGAAAUGAGUGAAGUUGAGGCUGACGCGACCGAUGCAAAUAGUGAAUUCACUCCCAGAGAACGAAGAAUACUUUUACAAAAAAUAUUCGUGCAGCUCUUAGUAAGAUUGUGCAGUCAUCCAUAUCCGGCGGAAGAGCUAGCACGAAAGGAUGAUCUGACAUUACUUUUCUCGGCAAUAACAAGCUCGUGUCCACAGUACAAUGUAAUGUGGCGUAAAAGCGCUGCUGAAGUUCUAAUGACACUAUCUCGACACGGCCUUACGCAAAAUGUUGUUGCUUACAUUCACAAUAAAGGUUGCAUAGCUCUUUGCAUAGACAACAUGCAACGAGUGCCUGAGCUAGCACCACUUGAAGUUGUAGAAAUGUUCGUGACAGUAUUUUGCUUUCUAAAAGAUUCCAGUGAAGUUUCUCAGACACUCUUGGAUGAUUUCCGUGCCUGUCAAGGUUAUAUCUUUCUAUCGGAGUUCUUACUCAAGCAUGCUCCAUCAAGAUUAGAACAAGAUGGUCGUGCCGAGGCACAAGAUGCCAUUAGAAAUUUGGUAUUGAUGCUGGCAUCCCUUACCAUGUGUGGUCAUACGGAAUUAAAACCUAGCCAAGCGAGCAUGGGUUCCUUGUUUCAAAUGCUUGGAUUUACCUUACCCCAACCGAGUAACAGAGGCGGUAGCGUUCGUAAUGUUCAAGCAUUUCAAGUAUUGCAAUCAGUGUUUGUAAAGUCUAACUCACCGCUUCUGUGUUGCACAAUACUCGACGCUAUAUCGAGCGUCUAUCACAGUGACAAUGCGAAUUACUUCAUUCUCGAGGGACAAAACACACUCUCGCAAUUCGCAGAAAAGAUACAUCUGAAAAAUCCCGAGAUUCAACAGAAGUUCUUUCAUUUACUGGAAUUCAUAGUGUUCCAGCUUAAUUUCGUGCCUUGCAAAGAACUCAUAUCUCUUUCAAUUUUACUUAAAUCCAAUAAUUCAGUCAGCUGUAGUAUCAUGUGCAUGGAUACUCUUCUAAACAUACUCAGGCAUAACGUAAUAUUUAAAGACGUAUAUCGGGAGGUGGGUAUGCUGGAAGUAUUUGUUACUUGUCUGCAUCGCUUUGCAACACUGUUAAAGGAUAAACAAGCUGCGCAAGAUCAAGGGAUGGAAUAUUACAUGUGCCCAGAACAAGAGCGUCUGGGUGCCUUAGUCAUGGAAGCACUGACAACCUUACUAGCAGGCAACGUCCAAAAUGCCAAUGUGUUUAGAGAGUGCGGAGGAGCACGUUGUGCCCACAAUCUUGUUCCCUACAUAGAUUGCAGAUAUCAAGCCCUUGGGAUAGUCCGGGAGUUGGUACUCAGUGCUGGUGGCGACGAUGACAUGGCUACAUUAUUAGGAGUGAUGCAUUCAGCACCUCCCAAUGCUUUAGUACUGAAAACUCAUAUACUAAAGUCGUUACUCGCGUGUCUGCGCGAAUCGCACCGUACCAGGACAGUGUUCCGGAAGGUCGGAGGUUUCGUUUACGUCAUGUCCGUUUUAGUAUCUCUGGAGGGUCGUCUAGGUCCACAGCCCAUUAAAAGUACAGAGCCGUGUAAUGACAUUACUCAAAGAAGUCCUCAAGACGAGGCACAGUUAUUAAUGUUACUGCAUGUCGUAUUUCAUACGAUCAGCACUGCUAUGCGAUUUGAACCAGCAAACGCCAAGUUCUUUCAUCAUGAAAUAUGCCAAUCAAGUCUGUGUGACACUCUACGGCUUCUCGGCUGUUUCUCAUCUCUUACAAAACUCGUAGCAACGGAUGUGGUCCUUUCUUUGAAUUAUCAUAACACACUGCUUUCCCUGUUUACUGGAAGCGUACUGGAACCAACAUUUCCUAGUGAGAUGCCACAAAUUUUAGCAUAUGCGUGCUUGCUGAUGAGACUUUUGUAUGACGCCGCCCUGGAUGCUUUUGACAAGCCAAAUUUAACUGGCGUUGGUAUAAGAUCUCCAAGUCAUAAGCAAUCUAAUAUCGAGCAUCAAAAGUCAUUGGAUUCUCCUGGAAGUGGCAAGAGGUCUACUGUCAAUUCUCUAAAUCUGAAUCCUCCAAUGCCGGAGCCAAUCGUGGUCCAUCCUGGUAUUGUUGUUGGGAUGCUGCAUCUGCUCCCUUCCAUAUCAGAUUCGUCUCAUGCGCAAAUGGCAUUGGCCUUACAAUUGUAUGUUGCUGAAGUUAUCAAAAGUCUAGUACGCACUGAAAGAAAUCAGCAGGUGAUGUGCGAAGCUGGGAUGGCUGGUGAAUUGUUAACAAUGGGCAAAGUUGCUUUGCAAGAUGAAACGCAUCCACUUCAUCAGCCACUUCAGUACAUCAUUGAACGACUUGCUGCUCAAUCCUUAGAACCCAGAGACUUGAGAGAGUUUCUACGGCUUGGUGAUCCUCUGUGUUGCAUAUCACUCGAUGACGUAGAACCAAACAAACCCAAGCCAGGUGGACCUGUCCCGCUAACGCGUAUCAAAACCCUAGUAUCAAUGACAACACCAAAAGAUUUUCGUGCUCAUGGUUCUUGCACUUUGCCACCUUUUGUGGAGCUGGACAUGAGUGCCGAAGGUUUUGCCUGUCUAUAUUUACCGAGUGUUGCUCCUCAAAGCACAACACCGCCGACAGUUGUUGCUGCUGAUAAUAGUGUCCUUGGAGGAAUUGGAUCAGGCGACAGAUUAUUUCCACCUCAAACUGGAUUGACCUUCAGCACGUGGAUAUGCGUGGAUAAGUUCAGUGAUCCCAGGACAGAUGCUCACUGCGUAAGAUUACUGACUUUAGUGCGAAGUCCUCAGACUUCACGAGACUUGAUAUGUUUUACAGCUGUUCUGAGUGCCAGGGACAAGGCUAUUAUUGUGUCUACACAAGAGACUCCUCUGCCACAAAAUGUAGGAGAAUGGGAACCAGAGGGUACUGGUGAAUGUGGAGCUAGAGUAUGGUGCCCGGAUUUACUUCAUGAAGGACAAUGGCAUCAUAUUUCUAUUGUUUUGAAUCGCGCAGUUCUGAAGAAUUCCAGUUUCUCACUGUAUUUGGAUGGUCAACAUAUACACAGCCAAAAGCUUCACUACAUCACGCAAAGUCCUGGUGGCGGUGCGACCAAUCUGACUGUAGCAUCUCCUGUUUACGGUUACAUUGGGACACCUCCUUGCUGGAGACGAUAUUCCAGACUCACGUGGAAGCAAGGGCCUUGUCACUUAGUGGAGGAAGUAUUCAAUUCUCAAAGUGUAGCAACCUUGUUUAAGCUAGGGCCUCAUUAUAUGGGUAGUUUACAAGCACCUCAAUUAAUAGGACCAGAACCAUUGCAAGCACUUGUAGCAGAGGAAAAGGUAGUCUUUGGCUUAAAUGCAAAAGCCAUGUCUCAAUUAACCCUGGCUAAGAUAAGAAAAGUAUAUAGUAGAGCCGAUAACAAAUCAAUAGCCAAACAGCUGGGUAUGUCAUCGCAUGAAAAUGCAACACCUAUCAGGGUUUUGCACAAUUCUGCAGGUCAUUUGAGUGGUCCAGCAAGAGCUCUGGGUGGCGUAGUCGUCGGAUAUCUCGGUGUCCGAGUCUUUAGUCCUCGUCCAGUAGCAACCAUGAUCGACAACGUAGGCGGAUGUUCUGUUUUGUUAGGACUGAUUGCAAUGGCACAAGAUGUAGAAUCUCUCUAUGCUGCUGUUAAAGCACUGGUAUGCGUGGUACGCUCUAAUCAGGCUGCCCAGCAGGAAAUGGAUCGGCGAAGAGGCUAUCAGACAUUGGCAAUGUUAUUAAGACGGAAAUGUCCUCUUCUCAACAGCCAUAUUUUACAUCUUACCUUCAGCUUGGUAGGAACCGUAGAUAGUGGCAGGGAAACCAGUGCUAUCCCCAAUGUCACUGCAUUCCAGGAUCUUUUGUGCGACCUACAGGUCUGGCACGAAGCACCCGGUGAACUUCUUCGUUCACUAUUGGAACAUCUUUAUGAAUUAAUUGCUGAGUCCAGUGAAAAACGCACCAACUUACGUCUUAUGAGAGACUUGCAGUUGGUACAUAAACUAUUGCAUAUACUUAGUGAUGUCAAACAAAAUCCUACCAGACAAGUGCUUCUGGCAUUGCUCAGUAUACUUUUGGGACAGCCUAGACAAGCUGACCUGCUAUGGUUUGGACAGUUCAUCGUUGCUACUUUACCAGUUGGUUCUGAAAAGCAUUUGGUUCUGCGAGAAGGUGACGGAAACAAGGAAGGCGAGGGUGAAAGUAUUCUGUUGAGGAAUCGGUGUCUUCAGCUGCUACAUUCAUUAUUAUUUAAUGGUCUAAAAGUCAAUGGCAGCAUGUGCGAGGAAGUAGCCAAAGUUCUGGGAUUGGAUUGGAUCUUACUGUUCCUUCAAUCUGGUCUCCAUAGUACGACUGUCGUAUGGGGUUUAAGAAUAUUAGUAGCAGUAUGUGCUGUGCAGCCGAUAUUGCAAAAAUUCAAGGAAGGAACCAGCAAUGGUGGUUGGCUGAGACAUACUGAUCACAAUAAGAUGGCAUUGGCACUUGGCUGUCAUCAACAAAUGACAGGCGGAGAUCUUAAAACUACCGGCCUUCACGUACCAGGAUUUCAACAUCUUGGAUGGUUACUUCCUCAGCAUGUUGAUCUUGUUCCGGAGCUUUAUUUCCUUUUUAUUGCUCUCAUGAUGGGCCAAUCAGUCAAGUUACUGCCAGCAGAUUCCAAACUGGAUUUGGAUAACGUGUGGAGCUUUAUGUUUGGUGUCCCAGCUAAUCAUUCACUUUCUUCCUUCGCUGGAAGAAUUAAUUUAUGUCCUGAAGCUGUGGUCACAUUAUUAGCCAUGGUCCGCACUAUGCUCAAUAGUCAUUACAACGGGCCAGAAAGUCUACCGGAAUGGCUGAAUGACUAUCCAGUGACAAUAAUACAAUUCUUAUUCUUCCUGUACCACAAUUUCACUGACUUCUUGCAAGUGUUCAUGGCUGCUGAAGUCCUGGGGGCAUUAGCAGGUACUUUAUUUCCAAAGCCAACAAGCUGCAGUCAAGAUAGUAGUGGUGCCAGUACACCAGCCGAUGAGCAAUCUUCACUCCAGGAACCGGUGCUUGUUCGAUCCCCCUCAAAAGAUGUCGGUCUAACAAAUCAUCCAGCAAGAAAAUUUGUUAUGGAUUUCCUACGAGUCAUUGUCGUUGACUCCCUUUCACUAUCAGUCAGUGCAAAGUCCCCACCAGCUAUUGAUCUAGUCCUAGAAGCCUGGCCUGAAUAUGCAUCCACAGGACAACAGACGCGAUAUCAAACAGAAAUUUUAUCAAUUUUGAUGGACCAUUUAUUGGCAGCUGAUGUUCUGAUUGGUGAACAGGCUGCUCUGCCAGUAGUACCUGGUGGAUCUGUAAACAAUAUUACGAACAAUGUUUGCUACGUUGCUGCUAGAAUCGUAGACAAGCUAUGGCAAGGCGCCUUAACAAAAGAUCCACAUGAAGUAUUUGAUUUUAUUGUGAAACUCAUUGGACAAGCUAAACGUCGACCUGGGGCAGUUAAUAUGGAAGGACUUCAUCACUGUCUUAAUAGAACAAUUUUAUUCCUGCUAUCACGAGCAACUGAUUCAAUUGCUGAUCAAAUGGCUGUGUUGGAAGCACUGCACAAGCUCACCAAUCAUAGGCUGUUAGUUUUUGGCGCUGGCAAUCACGAGUUGGAAUUCAUUGGAUGCUUGACGUAUUGCCUUUUGCAACUGACAGCUGACAUUAAAAUAAUGUUAGACACCAACAUGAAGACAACUUGGCACGUGAACCCUCAAGUUGAAUCUAGCGAUGAUAGAUUGACCUCACAUCAAGGUCACAACUUGAUGGCUGUCGCCGCCCUCAGAGUGUGGGAGGAGUUGUACGUUUGCAAGAAACCAGCCAUUGAAGAGGUCUUCAAGAUAAGUCUUCCGGUUCCAAUCGGAAAUGAAAGAGCACCUGACUUGGCUGCGGUCAGAGAACAAGUUUACGAAUCCGCAGCGAGACUUUGGCUGAAUUAUGUUGUUCUAGAGAGAAAAGCGUCGUACAGAGUACCAUGGGAAUUGCAUAAUCAAAUACAAUCCAAAAUACAAAAAGUUACUGGCGGCCUCACCAGGUUAGCAAGCCGAACUAAAGUCCGAAAGGAGGAAUCAGUACGUGUUAGAUUACGAUUGCAUCAAAAUACUGUUGCACAAUGGACCGAACAACAUGUUGCAUUGGUUCGUGAACUCGCAGCUGCCAGGCGCCUUCAACAUCAACAGACAAAUCAACACACUCAGCGAUACGUCUAUCAGGAAUGGUUGCAAACGGAAACGGAAUUAACAAGAGAACGCGGUCUAUGGGGACCACCGACUCCUACAAAAUUGGAUAAAUGGAUGUUGGAUAUGACGGAAGGUCCCUGUAGGAUGCGCAAGAAAAUGAUGAAAAAUGAACUUUUCUACAUACAUUAUCCAUACAGACCUGAACUAGAUCAUCCUGAUAAUAAGCAAUUGAAAUACAAAGUGGCAACUAGCAUGGACAGUAAGGAAUAUUAUCUGAAGCAAUUGGGUAAUUCCUCUGGUAUGUUCGAGCGUGAACGUGAUCCUGUAAUUGAUGAUACUCCGUUGAAUGUUAACGAAACGUCUACUGAAAGUGAACCUCCUAUGGUACCUUGUACAUUGGAACGACACGCCAGUGAACCUGAUGAGGCACCAGAGGAUAUCGAACAAGAAGAAGAAAAUAAUCAGGCUGUUCCAGACAAUCAGACUUUACUUCGAUUGCUCGAGGAGCACGAAAAGAUAAGUCAUAUGUUCAGAUGUGCCAGGAUACAAGGGUUAGACACUACUGAAGGCCUUCUUUUAUUUGGAAAAGAACACUUUUAUGUCAUUGAUGGAUUCACUUUAUUGAAAUCGCGAGAGAUCAGAGAUAUUGAGAGUUUACCAGAAGCUUAUGAACCCAUCUUGCCAUCACCAGGUUCCCCAAGACGAUCCAGGGCGAUGCGGCAGUGCUCAAAAUUUAAUUAUGAAGAUAUCCGAGAGGUACACAAGAGAAGGUAUUUGCUACAGCCAAUGGCAUUAGAGGUAUUCAGUGGAGAUGGUCGAAACUAUUUAUUAGCUUUUCCACGAAAAGUAAGAAACAAGGUUUAUCAAAGAUUCAUGACUUUUGCUACUGCUAUUGCUGAUAGUGCUCAGCAAUCGGUAGCUGGUCAAAAGAGAACCGCGAAUGUGGAACAAGCGACGGGAUUGCUGUCGAAUUUUAUGGGCGAAACAUCUGUCACUCAGCGUUGGGUGAGAGGCGAGAUAUCCAAUUUCCAGUACCUGAUGCAUCUUAAUACUUUAGCUGGACGUAGCUACAAUGAUCUUAUGCAAUAUCCUAUAUUUCCUUGGAUCUUGGCCGAUUAUGACAGCGAGGAAUUAGAUUUCACUGAUCCUUCAACCUUUAGGGACUUUAGCAAACCUAUGGGAGCCCAAAGUCCUGAACGCUUAUUGCAGUUCAAAAAGAGAUAUAAAGAGUGGGACGAUCCACAUGGCGAGACACCACCAUAUCAUUAUGGCACUCAUUAUUCUUCUGCUAUGAUUGUCUGUUCUUACUUGGUCAGAAUGGAGCCAUUUACCCAGCACUUCCUCAGAUUACAGGGAGGUCAUUUUGAUUUGGCUGACAGAAUGUUUAACAGCAUAAAGGAAGCUUGGCUUUCAGCCUCCAAGCAUAAUAUGGCUGAUGUAAAGGAACUUAUACCAGAAUUCUUUUAUCUACCAGAAUUUCUUGUCAAUUCCAAUCACUUUGAUUUGGGUUCGAAACAAAGUGGAGUACAACUUGGUGACAUCGUACUUCCACCAUGGGCGAAACAAGAUACUCGUGAAUUUAUACGUGUUCACAGACUUGCUCUAGAAUGUGAUUACGUAUCUCAGCACUUGCACCAGUGGAUAGACUUAAUAUUUGGAUGCAAACAGAAUGGUCCAGGUGCUGUGGAAGCUGUCAAUGUCUUUCACCAUCUCUUCUACGAAGGCAACGUCGAUAUAUACAACAUUGAUGAUCCAUUAAAGAAAAAUGCCACAAUUGGCUUUAUCAAUAAUUUCGGUCAAAUACCGAAACAACUGUUCAAGAAACCACAUCCAGCUAAAAAAAUGUCUCAACGAACAAGUGUAAUAGAUCCUGGUCCAAUUACACCAGGACUUAGUAUUACUACAUCCGAUAGACUUUUCUUUCAUAACCUUGAUAAUUUAAAACCUUCUCUUCAACCAAUCAAAGAAUUGAAAGGACCAGUAGGACAGAUAUUGCACGUUGAUAAGGCUGUCCUUGCCGUGGAACAAAAUAAGACGUUGAUACCUCCUUCGUACAACAAAUACGUUGCUUGGGGUUUCGCCGAUCAUUCUCUGAGAAUAGGAAACUAUGACAGCGACAAGGCAAUAUUUGUAUGCGAGGCAAUGAUGCAAAGUAGUGGAGAAAUAGUAGCGUGUGUCUGUCCGUCUUCUAAAUUAAUAGUGACAGCAGGAACUAGUUCGGUUGUUACUGUCUGGGAGUAUGCAAAACGUCAACUUUCUAUCAAGCAAUGCUUGUAUGGACAUACAGAUGCUGUCACUUGCUUGGCAUCGAGUCCUGCCUACAAUGUCAUUGUGUCAGGAUCGCGUGACAGCACAGCAAUUAUUUGGGAUCUAUCGCGUUGUCUCUUUGUCCGUCAACUUCGUGGACAUGCUGGACCAGUAGCUGCAGUAGCGAUCAAUGAUCUUACUGGCGACAUUGCUACCUGCGCAGCUACCUGGCUACAUGUCUGGAGUAUCAAUGGCGAGGAAUUAGCCAGUGUGAAUACAUGUGUUGGCCGUGCUGAUAGAAUGCAACAAAUUCUUUGUGUAGCAUUCAGUCAAACUCAUGAAUGGGAUUCACAAAAUGUUAUUAUGACUGGUUCUACGGAUGGUGUGGCACGUAUGUGGUCUAUGGAUUAUGUACAAGUACCAGCAGAGGAGGACAAGGUGGAGGAAGUAGAAACUGAAAAGGAAACUAAGGGGGAACCGGUCGAUGAAGAUCAGAAGGAAACUACUAAGAAGAGAGUGCAUGACCUCGUAAAGCAAAUGAGUAUAUCCACAGAGGGAACAGCAAUGCUUACAAAGAGUGGAUCAGAGAGUAGUCUCUCCGAACCAGAAAAUCCUAAAGAGGCAUCCAGACUUCACGAAGAGAAGGAGGAGUGUUCUGAUAAUGAAUCCAGCAAUGGUUCUGGCAGUAAACCAUCACCACAGAGUAACCACACUUCCACAGUAGUACUAAGAAGAAAAAGUCGUGGUAAUCCAAUGUUCAGAAAGAGUGAAGGUGGAGGACGUGCUGAUAGCGAGGGUACACAGAUCAGUGAUUCUAUGAACAAUACUGGAGAUUCUGAAGGAGCACUUAGAACCAGUAAGAGCGAUACCAGUUUGACAGACAGCUUCGUUAUGGUCACUGAGGCUGAUACUAAGCCAAAGAGAAUUAAUCCACAGAAUAUUUUACGUGAUGGUUUUAAAUGGCAAAGACAGCUUGUAUUUCGUAGUAAAUUAACAAUGCACACUGCCUAUGAUCGAAAGGAUAAUGCCGAGCCUGCAUCUAUCACGGCUCUUGCAGUAUCAAGGGAUCACAGAGCUGUAUACGUUGGUGAUACUCGUGGCCGUGUAUUCUCCUGGAGCGUUUGUGAACAACCAGGCAGAACUGUUGCUGAUCAUUGGUUAAAGGAUGAAGGUGCUGAUGUCUGCGUAGGAUGUGGUGUCAGGUUCAAUCUGUACGAGAGACGUCAUCAUUGCCGCAACUGUGGACAAGUAUUCUGCUCGAAAUGCAGUAGAUUUGAGUCUAAGAUAUCAAGACUUGGUAUUCUCAAACCUGUUCGAGUCUGUCAGGGUUGUUACUCGACACUACGUUCUCAGCAUUCAACGGACAGCAACACUUAAUACAGUAGCCUAGAAACUCACACUGCGUACGUUAUUCAUUUCGACGAAGUUUUAGCUGAUUUGUACAUAGUUAUGAAUGGAUUGUAUACUUCCUAAAAUAGUAGAACUCAUGCUAGAUACAUGUAAAUGUGGUCCUGAUUCUGUGCAGCGAUAAUAUUGCAAUCCUUUGCCGGAUUUCAAGUUUCUAUGUACUUCUUAAGAUAUUAUUUAUUAUUAUGUUUAUAGUAUAUUCAGAUCUAUCUGUUCACUCGGAUAUAAGUAUUUUCUAUUAGAAAAAAAAUGUAUUCGUCAUUAGUAUGGGAUUUGUGUUAUGAAAUUUUUAUUGUUAAUCUUACUUAUUAGUAUAAAUCUCAAAAUUGUUGUGCGUAUACGAAAAUGAUUUCCAUGCAAAGGAUUAAUUAUAUUCGCUUUAGCAAUGGCUCCCCGUAUAUUAUAAAGGUACCGAAGAAAAUCGUAGGACUUAGCUACAAAUAUAUAAUAAUCAUCGAUGUUAAUACUUAAGAGAUGAUAUAUUAUUUAUAAUCUGUGAUUCUUAUUUUUCAUGAUAUAAUUUCAGGAUAAAUUAAGCAAUUUAAUCAUUUUUUAAUAUUUGUAAUACGCGAUAUUUCGCGAAUAAUUCAUUUUAUACCGCGACACGCAUACACAAUCAUUGAAUUUGAAUUAAAUGAAUUAAUCGAGGUUGAUCAAUGUUUAUUAGAUUUUAGUGCCCAAGCAGUUUGAGGCCUACAUUUGAAAAAUAAUAAUUUUUAACCAUUGGGACUGUUAUCGAGAUUACUGCUCAUGGAUCCAUUGUUCAGUUUACUCUGGCCUAUAAAAUUCUUUACAGACACAAAGAUCCAUCAGUAACACUAAAGACGAUUUUUGUCAUUCGAUUCGAAAGUGGAACACGUUUAAAACAUUAAAUUUGAUCAUUUUAUUGUAACAAUUUUUUAUCUUUAUUUUUAUCUAAUUUAUUAUUGAUAAAUAUUUUAUUAUUAAUUGUAUUUUUCGUUGUGAUUAAUACUUGGUUACACGGUAAUCGAACAAGAAUCUGAAGGUAAAAAAAUACGAAUGUACUGUAUCCCAUUGUCAACUCUGAAAAAUAUUAUUACAAAGCAUACAACUAUAUAAUAGACAAUACCGUAUCUGCAUAAGAAUAAAAUAAAACUAUAAAUUCUGCCACUAAUAGUGCUGAACAAACAAUGAAGAGAAAUAAAUAUCUAGGCAUUUAUUCAUCAGCUUAGAUGACUCGUAUGCAUAGAGUUAUAUAUUGGAUAUAAGAUAGGCUUAUUGCUUUUCUUCUGAACAAUUUCUUAACAAUUCAUAGUUGGGCGAUCCAUGACAUUUUAAUUGAUAAUGUGCAUGCAUAGUCCAUUUAGAAAUUAGUUUUUCUAUAAGUUGCAUACAAGAUUAGCUUCUUUAAAAGAAUCUGGUAAUUGUUAGUAUACAUCCUAGUAUUGAUCUAAUAGUGGCUAUGAUAGUGGAAAAUAAAAAAUGCAAAAACAACAUUUAGAUAAAGAAAAUCAUCAUUGUUUUUCAUAAGGCACACAUUUUUUAAGUUCGAUUCAAUAUAAAGUUGUAUCUGCUGAAUAUGAACUGGCCAUCAAUGCGCAGUUUAUUCCAAUUAAAUAAUUGUUUAUAAUUUUUGUUCAAUGGUAUUCCUACUUACAAGCGAUGUAUAGCUCUUAAAUUUUAUACUGUAUGCUUGUUAAAUUGCUUCGCACAAAGCAGGAUCAAUAAUGUAGAGAAUCCAGAACAAAUCAAUAUUGUCUAUUAAUAUAUUAAGGAUUGUCAUCCGUGGGCAAAAAUUAUACGAUAAUGAUUAAAGUGUUAUAUGUUUAACGCGGCGAGUUGCGCAUAAACAAAUUAAAUAUUGUUCUAACAUACAAGACCGAAGAUAAUGAUGAUAACUCAAUUAUUUAUAUGUUUAAAAAACUUGUUUUUUAAUGGAUUAUCUAUUUGUAUUUUUCUUAUUGAUAUUCAGUCUAGAAACUGCAUACUAUGAUUUUCUUCUGUAAUCAAGGCGAUGCUUGAGUUUUGUUCCUUCGAAGAUUUAGAGGCGUAACUGUAAUGUCUAGUCAUAUAUCUUAAAUUGAUAUCCUUGCAAGAAAGAGAAUCGCCAUAAAUCUUCUGAAAAUCUUUUUCUUGAUUUCUUAUAGCAUUAAACAGUAUUAUUUAUACAUUAUUAAUUUCUAAUAUAUAUUAAUUGUACAUAAAGCAUAACUAUACUAGCGAUUCAACACUAAUCAAUUUGUUGUAAGUUUUCAUUAAGGACAGGAUUGCUUUGAAUAUUGAAACCAUCUUACGACAUUAUUUUAGGCUCUAACUUUGUUAGCCGAUGUAAUAAUUUUAUUUACAACCGCCAUAUAUUAAGCGUUUCCACUUGAUGUUUGUCAUUAUUGUCAUACCACAAUUAGACUCUACUCAACUAAAAGUGCAGUACAGAAUAACAUACGAUAUGUCAUUAAAAUGCAAAAUUCUGCUCUAAA